AUGGCCCUGGCCUUCUCCCAGCAGAGCUUCCUGACCAGCAUCCCCCUCGGCUGCGCCCAGCCGCGGCGCAGGGUGCUAAAGCCGCCGCCGCUGUUCGGCUGCCGGGCGACCAUGGAGAAGGACGCCGAUCACCCAAGGUAUGGUUUUCUCUCCCUCCCCCCACCUCCGACGCGGCCUCCGUUCUUCUUCUGGUCCGGUAAUGGCUUACCCUGGUCUAAUGCUGUGACGCACCACCAGAGCAUUCAAGCUGCGGCUGGCGAAGCUGGCCCUCGUCGCCGCCGCCGCCGGCAUCCUGACUCUCAGCUCCGUCGGCGACGCCGCCGCCGCCAAAUCCGGAGGCAGAAUUGGGGGGCAGGCCUUCCGCCCGUCGGCGCCCCGUUCCUCCGGCCCCAGGAUCAACAAUUCAAGGUGGAACGCCGCCGCCCUCAAUCUCAUGCUUUCAUUGAGCCAGCGAUUUCUCCGGCGACUGUGGGAUUGAGCCGAUUGCAUCUUGUGUAGGACCAACAUCUACGUCAACCCGCCGGUGGCGCCGCCGCUCAUCGGAAGGUACGGCUACGGCUCGCCGUACUACGGCGGGUGGGGCUGGUCGCCGUUCACCUUCUUCUCGCCCGGGCCGAGCGUCGCCAUCGGGGUCGGAGGAGGGUUUGACUUUUUUGUUACGUUCCUGGUUCUGGGGGCCGUCGCUACCGUCUUUAGGAACUUCACCCGGCGGCGCAGAGACGACGAGGACGACGACUUCUAG